CUCAGCCAGCAACCAGGGACUGACUUCUCACUAAAAUCCCCACCACUCACUGACACCCGUACUGCCAUAUAAGCGCUCUGAGAAGUCUUCUAGCAAAUCUCUCUUACUUCCUAUAUUCUUGAGACCUUUCUUUGGUGCUUUUGUCUUUUCCUUUCCUCCCCCACUCUCCAGCAGCUACCCCGCUUUGGAAGGAAACCAGAGUGAAUACCAGCCAUGGCAGCACCAACCCCCCCUCAACCACCAGUGUCCCCAGACUCUGGUCCUACGGAUCCGACGCUUCCAAAACUUCCGGCGGGCUGGAUAGCUCAAUGGGAUAACCAAUCUCGUAAAUAUUACUACGUGCAAAUCAGCACCGGCGUCUCCCAAUGGGAACUGCCCACCAGCGAGGCCCCAGUCGGCCCUAGCGCGAACGGCGGCACGCCCGCGCAACCUACAAAUCCGCAUGACAAGCCUGCGGAAGGAACCCAAGGUCCUGAGGCGGGUGAUGGUACAAGAGGGGUUGAUGGCCCGACAGGCGAUCGUGCUGGAGGACUUGGGGGUCUUGCACUGAACGCUCUUACAGGCGGCGGAAAGCAGUCACAUGGUAGUGGUGGACAUGGAGGCGGCUCAGGGAACCUUGUUGGUCAGCUUGCGGGAUCAUUGUUGGGUGGCGGAAAGCAAUCGCAUGGUAGCAGCGGACACGGCGGAGGGGGCACCGCGGGCAUUGUGGGCUCCCUCGCGACAGGCCUGUUAGGAAGCGGGAAGCAGAGCCAUGGAAGCCAAGGCCAGUCUGGACAUGGGGGACCGGGAGGCCUUGGUGGGAUCCUUGGAGGCGUGCUUGGAGGCGGAUCUCAUAGCAAACCCUCUACCAAUUACGGUUACAACCACGGUGUACAGACGUCCUCAGGCGGAACCUACACCGGCCAAGCCCCACCUACAUCCUACCAGCCCGGAGGCCAACACGGUCCCCCAAGCUCCCACAACUACUCUUCUCCACCACCCGGCGGAUACGGACAAUCUACCCAAACCCCUCAACACACCCCUCAAGGUCAGACUGGCUAUGGAAGUCAACCUCAGCAAUACCCGCCGCCAGGCGGCCACAACUACGACCAACAUCAACACAACCAAUAUGGCGCACCCCACGGCGGCCAGCAAGGCCAUAAUCAAUACCCACCGCCGCCAUCGCAGCACCCGAGUUACGGUCAACCUGGCUAUAGUGGAGGAGCACCGCAGUAUCCUGUGUCACCGGGCCAUCAAGGGAGCUAUCCACCAUCCAGUGGCGGACACGGGCCGUAUGAUAACAGCCACAGCCAAGGCUAUCCUGGACAACAAGGUGGCUAUGGAACACAGGGACCACCUGCCUACGGAAAUCAAGCUGGGUACGGCGGACCGAGUCAUCAGUCGCCGCAGCCGCCGGCGCCCGGAUGGUAGACUUGUUCGGAUUCUUUAUGGUUGAAGCCUUUUUAUGAUGCGGGAUUAAGGGACUGGGGUGGGAGCUUUUCUUUUCUGUGGCGGAUUUUUCAGAGCAAGCUCAUUUAUUCCCUCCAAAUAGUUGUCCUGCGUGGUGAUGGGUGCUGUACCUGUUCAUAUCUUCUUCUCCUUUGCUCAUGCUGUUUGACUUUGAGGCACGGCUUGUAGAUUGAAUGACAAAAAAUUUUGUUUCAUA